AUGAUGAAAGAACGAAAAGCUUAUGACCUUACUAAUGGUGGCAAAGAAAAAAAGAAUCCUUUAAAUGUGGAAUUUGUUAAUAACAAUGAGCCGCCUGAAGAGAAAACAAAAAAUGUGCCGUAUUUUCAAAUGUUUAGAUAUGCUAGUAGGUUUGACAAAUUUCUAAUAUCAAUUGGGCUGUUGUCUGGAAUUGGAAGUGGAGUGUUACAGCCACUUAAUACAAUUCUGUUUGGUACUCUGACAGGCAAUAUAAUAGAAUAUGCCAUGCGAUCAAAUUUUCCUAUGACUCCAGAUGAAAAAACUGCUGCAGAUGAUAAGUUUUUCGGUGAAAUAAAACAUUUUGCGUUGAUGAAUUCUCUUAUUGGUGUGGGCAUGUUCGCUUUUAAUUAUCUUGCAACGGUCACCUUCAAUUAUACAGCAAUGAGACAGAUAUUUCGAAUAAGGUCCGAAUACCUACAAGCAAUCUUAAAUCAGGACGUUUCAUGGUAUGAUAUGAACCAAACAGGAGAUUUUUCAAGUAGAAUGUCAGACGACCUCUAUAAAUUUGAAGAUGGUAUAGGGGAAAAAAUACCAAUAUUCCUUAGUUUUCAAGUUGUUUUUAUAACCUCUCUCAUAAUAGCCCUUGUUAAAGGAUGGGAACUGGCUUUAAUAUGUUUGACAUCUUUACCAGCAACUUUAAUCGCCUUAGGAAUAGUAGGACUGUUAACAACAAAAUUAGCAAAGAAUGAACUGGAAGCAUAUGCUUCAGCCGGUUCAAUAGCCGAAGAAGCACUGUCUCUAAUAAGAACAGUCACUGCGUUUGGUGGACAACAAAAAGAAACAGAACGAUAUAACAAAAAUUUAGUUUUUGCUAAAAAAAACAACAUACGAAGAUCAAUGUUGUCUGCAUUAGGAUUUGGAAUAUUAUGGUUUUUAAUUUACUGUAGUUACGCACUUGCCUUUUGGUAUGGUGUCAGGUUGGUUUUAAAAGAUAGAGGUGAUCCCAAUGGAGUAUACACACCUUCAAAUAUGGUUACUGUAUUCUUCAGUGUAAUGACAGGUUCCAUGAACUUUGGUAUAGCUUCUCCGUACAUUGAAGCUUUUGGAAUUUCAAGAGCAGCAGCUACAAAAAUUUUUAGCGUUAUUAAUCACAAACCCACUAUUAACUUGUCUAAAGGAAAUGGAGUAAAACCUAAUUCAUUUAAAGGAAAUGUCCAAUUCAGAAACGUAGCUUUCCACUAUCCUUCAAGAGCAGAUGUACCCAUUUUGCAAGGGCUCAAUAUAAACAUCAAGUCUGGUGAUACAGUAGCCCUUGUGGGUAGUUCUGGUUGUGGAAAAUCUACUGUUAUUCAAUUAAUUCAAAGACUUUAUGACGCAAUAUCUGGAGAGGUUCUUCUGGAUGGAGUCAAUAUUAAAGAUCUAGAUUUAAAAUGGAUGAGGAAACAAAUAGGUGUUGUUGGACAAGAACCCGUAUUAUUCGGAACCACGGUAAUGGAAAAUAUCAGGAAUGGAAAAGAUGGAGCUACUGAUGAAGAAAUAAUAUCUGCUGCAAAGAAAGCAAAUGCUCAUAUUUUCAUUAAAGCUUUACCUAAUGGCUACCAUACGUUGGUGGGCGAAAAAGGUGCCCAACUUUCUGGAGGCCAAAAACAAAGGAUUGCAAUUGCUAGAGCGUUAGUUAGGAGUCCGACUUUAUUACUUUUAGAUGAAGCCACUUCUGCUUUAGAUAAUACAAGUGAAUCUAAAGUACAAGCAGCUUUGGAUGCUGCUAGCGUUGGGUGUACAACAAUUAUUGUUGCGCAUCGACUUUCGACAAUACGGGGUGCUAACAAAAUAAUUGUCUUGUCUCAAGGAGUAGCAGUUGAAGAAGGAUCACAUGAAGAAUUGAUGGCUUUGAAAAAAGAAUAUUAUAGAUUGGUAACUGCUCAGGUCAAAUCCAUAGAAGAUGUAGAAGUUGUCGAUAAAAUAAAAACAGAAAUUAAAGCUACAGAUGACGAAAUUGAAAAUGUUGAAAAUAAUGAAGUUGAUAGUAAAAAAAUGCUUGUAGAAGUUGAUGAUUUUAAAAUUGAUAGUAGUACUUCAUUACUUGAAAUAUUAAAAAUGAAUGCACCAGAAUGGCCAUAUAUCUGUGUAGCUGCUCUCGGUUCAAUGAUGAUGGGAUGUGGAAUGCCAAUAUUUGCAGUUUUGCUAGGUAGUAUUUUAGGUACUUUAGCAAAUGGAGAUCCCGAUUAUGUGAGAUCUGAAACGAAUAAAUUUUGUUUGUUUUAUAUACUAGCUGGUCUUAUUAGUUUCGUGUCGACAUUUUCACAGAUAUACUUACUGGGAAUUGCUGGGGAAAAAAUGACAGAAAGAAUUCGUGGACAACUGUUUAAAGCCAUGAUAUCCCAAGAAAUUGGGUUCUUUGAUAAAAAAUCUAACAGUGUUGGAGCUCUAUGUUCAAAAUUGUCAUCAGAUGCUUCCAACGUUCAAGGUGCAACAGGACAACGAGUUGGAACCAUUAUGCAAGCAAUCGCCACAUUUUGUCUGGCAAUUGGGCUUUCGAUGUAUUAUGAAUGGAGGCUUGGCUUAGUUACCGCAUCAUUUACACCAAUCAUUUUAAUUGCUAUAUACUUUGAAAGGCGAAAUACAUCUGGGCAAAACGAUUCAAGAGAUCAAGCAUUGCAAAAUUCUACAAAAAUUGCUGUAGAGGCAGUCGGAAAUAUCAGAACAGUAGCAUCUUUGGGUUUAGAAGAAAAAUUACAACAAAUUUACGUUUCCGAGCUUACGCCUCAUUACAAGUCAACUUUGCGCACAGUUCAUUGGAGAUCAAUCGUAUUUGGCCUGUCCAGAAGUUUGCUGUUCUUUGCUUAUGCAACCGCAAUGUAUUAUGGAGGUCAUCUUAUUAUGCAAGGGCUUUAUUACGACAAAGUAUUUAAAGUUUCACAAGCACAAAUAAUGGGAACAGUGUCAAUUGCAAAUACAUUAGCAUUCGCUCCGAAUUUUCAAAAGGGAUUAGUAGCAGCAAGAAAAAUACAAAGUUUUCUUUUAAGACUUCCGCUUGUUCGGGAUCGUCAUAAUGCUAAAAAUUUAGAAAAGGGUAAUGGUGUAAUUGAGUACUCUAAAAUUGAGUUUUCAUAUCCAACCAGGCCAAACCUUCCAAUAUUAAGAGGACUUAACCUAAACGUUCUCAAUGGAAAAACUUUAGCACUUGUUGGUGAAAGUGGGUGUGGAAAAUCAACCAUUAUUCAAAUGAUUGAAAGGUUUUAUGAUCCAAAAUCAGGAGACGUCAGUUUUGAUGGUGAAAACCUCAGAGAUAUAUCUUUAUCAUCGUUGAGGUCACAAUUGGGUAUCGUUGCUCAAGAGCCAAACUUAUUCAAUAAAUCUAUAGCUGAAAAUAUAGCCUAUGGUGAUAACUCCAGAGAAGUGGGCAUGGAUGAAAUUAUACAAGCAGCAAAAAAUGCAAACAUCCAUAAUUUUGUAAUUGGAUUGCCUAAUGGUUAUGAUACUAAGCUAGGAGAAAAGGCAGUACAACUGUCAGGCGGACAAAAACAAAGAAUCGCUAUUGCUAGGGCUCUUGUAAGAAAUCCAAAAGUUUUACUACUUGAUGAAGCGACAUCUGCUUUGGAUACAGAAAGUGAAAAGGUUGUACAAGAAGCGCUCGAUCUAGCUAAAAAAGGAAGAACUUGUAUAACAAUUGCCCAUAGAUUAACAACCAUACAAGAUGCAGAUCUAAUAUGUGUCAUAGAUCAAGGAGUUGUCGCAGAAGCUGGAACACAUAGGGAAUUGUUAAAUAAAAACGGAUUGUACUACAAAUUGUACACUCAAAAAAGUUAA